UCUCCAGGUAAAGAUGGCGUUGGGUAUGAAGUAUAUAAAAAUCUCUCACACAAAGGGAAAGGUAUAAUGUUAGCUAUAAUCAAUAACAUAUGGGAAACAGGAAUUGUUCCCCUCCAGUGUAAGCAUUGCGUCAUAGUCCCAAUAUUGAAACCACAUAAGGAAGCUACAGACGUUUCUUCCUACAGGCCUAUCGCUCUUAAUGACUGUUUCAUUAAAAUAAUUGAGAAAAUCAUCAAAGAAAGAAUGGUAUGGUUUACGGAAAAGCAUAGUUUAUUGCCAUCUUGCCACAGUGCUUUUAGAAAGGCAAGAAGCACUAAGGACAAUAUAACUCAACUUGAAAAUGACAUUCAAAAAAGUACUGGGAAUAAAGAACAUACCCUGGCCGUUUUCUUUGACAUGGAGAAGGCUUAUGAUAGACUAUGGAAGGAAGGCUUGAUAUAUAAACUUAAUAAACUUGGUUUCCAAGGCAACAUAGUUAAGUUCUUAUGGAACUAUUUAAGCGGGCGCUCUUUCCAGGUCCGGGCAAAUAAGUACCUUUCAGGUAUACAGGACAUAGAUGAAGGGCUACCGCAGGGUAGUUCCCUAAGUCCCGUCCUUUUCAAUUUAAUGUUGUCGGACAUACCAAUGGAUGAAUCUGUCAGUAUUUCUAUAUACGCAGACGACUGUGUUAUAUGGAAAAGUGGAAAAAACAUUGAUUUUCUAAAAAGAAAAGUACAAACCUAUGUGAAUAUCCUAAAUGAGUGGUUCAACAGAUGGGGUUUUACCCUUCCUAAAGAAAAAUCUGUUACUUUGCUUUUUAGUAACACUAACAAAUGUGUACAGAUUGAUUUAGAUGAGGUCCCCUUACCACAAAAGGACGAACAUUCAUUUUUAGGAGUAUUACUGGAUAGAAAGUUAACAUGGAGACCACAUAUAAAUAUGAUUGUAACAAGAGCAAAAAAGAAAAUAAAUAUAAUGAAAAGACUAGUGGGAACAAAGUGGGGAAGUAGUUAUAAAAGCCUUUUGAAUUUUUAUAAAGUGGUCAUCAGGCCAUUGUUGGAUUAUGCAGCAGAAGCAUAUGAUUCAGCUCAUGAUCAUGUGAAGAACUUCUUGUUGACAAUUCAAUACCAGGCUUUAAAACUGUGCACAGGGGCGUUGCCGGGCACCUCCCUGGAAUCCUUACAGGUAGAUACUGGUGAAUUACCACUUGAUCUGAGAAGAUAUAUGCUUAGCAAGGUUUACAAAGCAAAAAUAAGACAAAACGCCAAACACCCACUCCAAUCAUCAUUGAAGAACUGUUGGCAAUUUGAAUACGAAAAAAAUAAGAAAGCACGAAAACCUUUUGGAUUAAGAGUUUUGGAAGAUGAGAUACUCUACACAACUGAAUCUUUUCAGUCUUAUACACCCAUGCCUCCUUGGCAUCUCUCUCCACCAGAAGUGUCAUUGAAUCUGCAUGAGCUUGUGUCCAAAAGUGACAACAUUUUUUAUCAAUACAACACAACUGUGGAGUAUAUUAAUACAACUUGGAAAGAGAAUCUCCAUAUUUACACUGAUGGUUCUAGAGACCCGGCGCACGGCAAUGCCUCUGCUUGUUUUUACGUGCCUGCUAUGCGGCGGCCAGGAAACGUCCAGUCAUCGCGAUGGUCCCUACAAGCAGACACCCAGCGCGUGUCACAGCAACGCUAUGAAAGUCAAGAUACGGAUAACGCCCCGUACGACAAAGACUUUCCCCAUGUCGCCAGACAACUAGAUAAACGGCCCAAUCAGAAGCGAAGCAACAGUCAACCCAGGAUGACGCGGAGCCGGAGCCGUGCUUUACCUACCACGUCUACUAAUCGCCGACAUCACGACAGUUCUGAUACUGAUGAGAGACGCUUCACCUUCGUAACCGGAGACAUCGUAGACCAGAGAUCUCGCAAUACUAGCACGCGUGCUUCAAACGCAGCCCAGCCAGGUGAGCCGGCGACUACCGUGUCCCGCCCAAGAGAGGUAGCCCCUAAUCGUCCAGAGCGAAGUUCAGAUACAGCUGAUCAGACCACACCCCCAAAGUUGACCAAUCACCAACAAUCGAAGAUCACGCAAUUCAUUGAGAAAGUUCGACUCAACUCAGAUCGCGAGAACAACGUACAGCCAACUGAUCGAAGCGUCAGCGAUCGUUGCUCACCAGAUGAAAACACAUCUUAUGACAGCGCGUCUUCCCAAGAAGAUGAGUCUGUGUCAGCGGAGUACUCAGAGUGCGAGGAAGACACCGUAACUGAACAUCAGUCUGACCUCUCGGCAGAGUCUCCAGAUCCAGAGAAGUUGGAGAAGGGAGUUGCCUUACUAGAGGAAGGCAAGCAAGUUACAGCCCUUGUUUUGCUGAAGGAAGGUAUCGCAGAUAUUACAAAAAGGAAGAAGCAUAUCAGAAUAGCCGAUAAGUCAGAAGCAGGUUGGUCUGCAGUAGAUGAGUACUUGAGUGACGAACUAGCAAGCGACUCCGAAGAUGAAAAGAGAAUUAGGCAAGCUCAGGCUCGUGCAGCCAGAAAACGUAAGGCAUCCCGUUCAACGAACAAGGGUAAAUCAGCUAAGAAUGUUGGAAGUUCUCAAUGUCCUUCUACAUCUACUACUUCUGACAACUUUUUUCGUGGCUUUGGGUCAAGAAAUCGAUUUCCGCUUGGGAGUGGCACCAACCCAUCUACAAGCAGUUGGCGUGGGUAUGCAAGUGGCCCCAGACCCACCGAUUACUGUUUUGCCUGUGGUAAACAAGGGCAUUGGAGGAGAGGUUGCCCAGGUGGCAGGAACCAAGGUUCAUCCUUCAGAGAUGGCCAACAGAGUUAA